UCAGUAAGCAAAUAAAUAAAUGGAACAGAAUAGAAUAGAAUAGGAGCUGAGACUUUUACAUCUUGAAGAUGCCUGAUCUCUCCCCAUGAUACCUGACUUAUAACCAAGAAAUGGCUUCUGGGUGAAGACAACAGUCAGGGAGGUCCUAUUUAGUAAAACAAAUGCCAAAGCAGAGCAUAGCUGAAAAUAUCAAGAUCUUAGCUAUCAAAGCUGUGUGCUCAAGGGCUUUUUUGUGGACAAAGACCCUCCAAAGUGAUCGAGGUAUGUCCUAUAGCUCUUUAGACUGACAAGGGGCUUCCAGGAAGUAAAGACCGCUGAAGUUCAGUAGAAACCCACACAGAAAGGCCAACUCCACAGAGAUGUGUGGGUACCCACUUUGUACAACCAACUGAGAGGACUCAUAGAUGUAGAGUUUAGACAGUUAGACUUGAAGAAGCACCGUGAGCUGGAAAUACAAGGGCUUCAACAGGAACACAACCAAGUGUUCUUUGGGCAUCUGGACAUCAGAGAGUAGGAAGGUGACUCUGGAAGUCUGCUAUAUUUUAUGGAGGUUGGUAAAGACAGCAAGACCAAGAGUCAGCAGGUGGGACUGAGUCAUGGAGAACCGUUCUUAGACCUGAUCAAGGACCGUCCUAUGUUUGGUUGACUUCCUGCCACAGUUACUCUUACGUUCAUCCCACAUUCUUCUCUGUGAGUGUUUCUAGAGCUUCUCCUUUGUUUAUACCACCAUUGUUAGGAGUUGGGGACACACAGACAGUCUGGCUUUUCAGUUGUGAAUGUCUUAAAGUCAAGGGAACACCAUUGAAGAGUCAGGGACUAUAGCUGGAGAACAUUCUGUAUUGAGACCCAAACUAGAGGAUAGGAUCUGGAUUUAGAGCUGAUAUGGGAUGAAGCUUUGAGGGACCGUGGGAGGGGCUUGUAUGUAUUACCCUUAGGAGGGGUGAGUUGUCAGAAUAAGAGGAUAGCCUCUGAAAUGGUCCCCCGUGAUUCCUGACUACUGGGCUUCAGGUGGUUAAUAUCUCAUCUACUCUACUCUACUAGGGUUGUUCUGUGUGCAGUAGCAUAUGGUGGCAGUGAUGGCGUGUCACUCCAAGAUUAGUUCAUUAAAGACUUCAGCUUCCAUUUUGGGUAUGCUCUUACUGUCUUGGAUCACUCACUGCAGGAAAAGCCAGCUGUCAUCUGUUAAGGACAUUCAGCCCAUAUGGCGAGGAACUUGCAGCCAAUAGCCAUCCAAGUGAGCUCUCUUCACUGGUACCCUCCAAUCCCAGUCAAGGCUCCAGAAGACAGAGGGGUAGACCUACUGCUCGACUGUGAUCCCGUGUGACAAUGUGGGGAAGAGCUGUCAUUGGAGAUCGAGGACAUCAUUACGAAGAUGCAAGAUGACAAGACAGGGGGUGUGCCCAUCAGAACAGUUAAGAGCUUUCUCUCCAAAAUCCCCAGUGUCGUCACAGGUACUGACAUUGUGCAGUGGCUUAUGAAGAACCUUUCCAUUGAAGACCCAGUUGAAGCAAUACACCUGGGAAGCCUUAUCGCCGCCCAGGGCUACAUCUUCCCAAUCUCAGACCACGUCCUCACCAUGAAGGACGAUGGCACCUUUUACCGUUUCCAGGCUCCUUACUUCUGGCCUUCAAACUGCUGGGAACCUGAAAACACAGACUAUGCCAUCUACCUCUGUAAGAGGACGAUGCAGAACAAGGCAAGGCUGGAAUUGGCCGACUACGAAGCAGAAAACUUAGCGAGACUCCAGAGGGCCUUUGCAAGGAAGUGGGAAUUCAUCUUUAUGCAAGCAGAAGCGCAAGUCAAGAUUGACCGGAAGAAAGAUAAGACGGAAAGGAAAAUCUUGGAUAGCCAAGAACGGGCCUUCUGGGAUGUCCACAGGCCAGUGCCAGGCUGUGUGAACACAACGGAAAUGGAUAUCAGAAAAUGUCGGCGUUUGAAGAAUCCACAAAAGGUUAAAAAGUCAGUGUAUGGUGUGACAGACGAGUCCCAGUCACAGAGUCCGGUGCACAUACCAAGCCAGCCAAUCAGGAAAACUACAAAAGAUGACAUCCGAAAACAGAUAACGUUUUUGAACGCACAGAUUGACAGACAUUGUUUGAAAAUGUCCAAAGUGGCUGAAAGCUUAAUCGCUUACACGGAGCAGUAUGUGGAAUACGACCCUUUCAUAACACCAGCAGAGCCAUCUAACCCUUGGAUCAGCGAUGACAUCACCUUAUGGGACAUAGAGAUGAGCAAAGAGCCCAGCCAGCAGCGAGUGAAGCGUUGGGGCUUCUCUUUCGAUGAGAUACUGAAGGACCAGGUGGGGCGGGACCAGUUCCUCAGAUUCCUGGAGUCGGAAUUCAGUUCAGAAAAUCUCAGGUUCUGGCUGGCUGUCCAAGAUCUCAAGAAGCAACCUCUACAGGAUGUGGCCAAGAGGGUGGAGGAAAUCUGGCAAGAGUUCCUAGCUCCCGGAGCCCCAAGUGCAAUCAACCUGGAUUCUCACAGCUAUGAGAUAACCAGUCAGAAUGUCAAAGAUGGAGGGAGAUACACAUUUGAAGAUGCCCAGGAGCACAUCUACAAGCUGAUGAAGAGUGACAGCUACGCCCGCUUCCUACGGUCCAAUGCUUACCAGGAUCUGUUGCUGGCCAAGAAGAAGCCAGAAAGUGAGCAAGGUCGUAGAACUUCCCUAGAAAAAUUCACCCGCAGUGUGUGCUGCUGGCGCAGAGUCAGAAUGGCCGCCGCGUUUCACCCCCGAGGCGGCUUCCUUCCAGCAGUGGGGAAAGUCGCUGGCGGGCAAGCGCCUUACGGGCCUGAUGCAGUCCUCCUGACCGCCCCGACCCCAGGCUCAGGGCCCGGGCCCACAGAGCACCCGGGCAGGCGACGCUCCACAUCCAACGACAGAGCUUCCUUGCGGGGAGAUUUGGUCACUGUGAAGGAGAAAGAGUGAGGGCCAUGGAGGGCACUGGUGGGCAGCUGCGGUGGGUGAAUGGGGAGACCAGAGAGAAAGAGUCCACGGUGCUGGGCCAGCCGGGAGAGGCCCUGCUUAUAGCCUCUCUCUUGUACAGCCACGCACCAAUGCUCAUUCUCAACAAGGGUCCAUUUCUAACUGGGUCGGAGAAUGUCUCAUGGGGUUCCUGUCUGACUAUCACUCGAGAUGUUGUUGACCUCACCUGUCCAGUCGUCUGGGGAAUCCAGCAAACUUCAGAGGGACCCUGGGCACACAGUAUUAAGCAUCACCUCCCUACCACUCUCUCUAAAGCACUGGCAGUGCUCACUGCCAUCUGUUCCCCCUCCCCCACCCCACUGGUAUACCGGGUGGGUGACGGACGCUGCUUUCACACAAAAUGUCACAUCUUCAGUCCUAAUGACCGUGCAAGUCCACCCUCUGUGAGACCACAUUUUAAAUAAGUCUCCACGGGUGUGGUGGCCAGCCCCAGUUCCCAUCAAAUGUCCAAAGGUCCAGAGCUUGAAGAGGCACCAGUACAGAUAGUGGACUGUGUUGUUUAGCCACUGAAAGUUCGGGUGACAAUCUUUUAAAAAUAUUACUACUUCCUGUCUUCUGAUUUUUGCCCCUUGCACCUUGACUUGUUCCCUUGUGUUUGACUCACAAUAAACAUGGCCAUGAACUCAGGGGCCAUUGGGCUUCAUCCCA